AUGACCGGUCUAAUGGUACGAACGGUAGGUCGCGCAGAUCCCGAGGUCCAUCUGUCCCGACGGAACAGAGCUGGCACAGGCAACGCCUUUGGGGAGCCUCCCGCCGCGAGCCUUUCAAACUCGGAAUUCAGAACGACGAUCCUCUGGGAGUUACACGCGAUACUUGUUCCACCGGUUCACGAUCAACACAGUCUUCCCUCGGCGUAA